GAGCUGUAUUUUUAUCGAAAAUUGCUUUUACUUAUCCAGUUUCUAUACAUGUGCAGCAGGUGAUGGGGAUGAUGUUUGUAGAGUCUUGGGUUAUAAACCAAUGUGGCCUGGAGUGCAGGAUCAUGGAAGCUGCUAUAUGUUUCAAGAGCUGUAAGGUAGGAAGACUGGGUUUUUUCUUCUAUAAUCUGAUUGGGAAUAUGGUAAUCAGUGAGAUAUGUAGAGAAAGAGGUGCAGGAGGCUGUACGGAGGAAGAUGUAUGCAAUGUGUAGAACUGCUGAAAAUGAUGCAACAGGUUUUGGAGUGGAAGAUCCUUGCCAGCUUGAAAACAGAAGAGUCUGCUCAAAGGAAGAUGCUGUGGUUUCAGUAUUAGAUUGUUCCAUUCUAAUAUCUUCAUGUACAUCUUAGGGAUAGGGGUCCAGAUUUGUAUAAAUUGUCCUAUGUUUUUAUGAGUUUAAACUGGUUGUAGUUUGCUCUCAUGUGGAGCUUUUUUUUUAUGAAAUAAAGCCUG